GGAGGCGCCUGGAGACCUGAGAUCUGGAUGGGCGGUGCUCUCACUUGGUUCCGGGACCUUGGACGGAGAAGGUGGGCCAAGCAGAGCUCCAGAGAACACCGCUGGACUGCGAUACACCUUCCCCAGACCCCGCGACCUACCGAUCCCUUAACUUGCGUGACGGUUGCCGAAGUCUCAAUGGGGGUUGAAACUUCCAGAUCAAAGCUGGAAUGGCUACCCACUACAGCAGUGGGGCCACCAUAGGAGCAGUGGACUCUUGCAGCAUCACUUUUGUUCUUCGGGAACCCCAAAAAGCUGGAGGUCAGAAUGCCGAGAGCUGUCGUGACUGCUGACUCCUGAGGCUCUUGGUCCUGUGCACAGUUGGUCUUGGUACGAGCAUUUAUAUCGACAAAGAUGAGGAAGUGGGAAAUGGCUCAAGGCAACACCCUACAGUACAACUCCUUUGACGAAGAGGCUUUAACAGAACACUAUCAAAUCCUAAAGACCCUUGGUCGGGGAGCAUUUGGAGAAGUAAAAUUGGCUAGCCAUCUACUCACCCAGACAAAGGUAGCAGUAAAAGUUCUCCCAAAAAGCUCAAAGAACAUCUUCAUCAAAUCAGAAAUUGAAAUAAUGAAAUCUCUAGACCAUCCCAAUAUCAUUAAACUUCUUCACAUAAUCGACACCACAAAAAACACUUACCUGGUUAUGGAACAUGCCAUAGGCGGAGAGCUGAUGGCCAGGAUUGUGGAGUUUGGCUACCUACCUGAGGACGAGUCCCGUAAGGUAUUUAAACAGAUGGUGUGUGCCCUUCAGUAUUGUCACAGGAAAGGGAUUGCUCACAGGGAUCUAAAGCCUGAAAAUAUUUUAGUGGACGGCAAAGGAAAUAUAAAACUCAGUGAUUUUGGGCUGGGCACCAAGCUUCCCAUGGGGCAGAAGCUAGCAUAUUUCUGUGGGACCCUUCCUUAUUGCGCCCCAGAACUCUUUGAAGGUGGAGGCUACGAUGGCCGAGCAAUCGACAUCUGGAGUUUGGGAGUUGUACUCUACUUUAUGUCUACAGGGUGCCUCCCUUUCAAGGGAACUACCUUUGGAAUACUAAAGGACAAAAUCUUGGCAGGAAAGUACCCCGUUAAUUUCAAGCUGUCGCCAGAGCUUUGGGAUGUUAUUGCUAAGUUGUUAACCGUAAAUCCUGGAGAAAGACCAAGAAUAGGUGACGUUGUGGACUUUCAAUGGCUGAAGCAUGGCAAUGAAGGUUCUCCCAAUCCCUUUAGAGAGAACAAUGAGGACAGCUACCCAGACCCCACUGUGAUGGUCAUCAUGGGCGUCAUGGGUUAUAAGCAAGGAGAGAUAAUGGAAGCUUUACGGGAGAAGAAGUUUGAUCAAGUGAUGGCCACCUACUUGAUUCUUAGGCAGCAGUCACCCUGGGAAGAUGACAUUAUAAAACAUCUUCAGUCCAAGCAGUCUGCUGGAACCUUGAACCUUACAGGCCUUCCCACAAUACCUAAAGUGACUAUAAAGAGGGGAUCUAGUGUCCCUAUCCUUCCCACUUCUUCCAUUUUGCCCACUCUACCUGAGAGUCCCGAGAAUGACAAAAAGGGGAAAACGAGGUACAGUAUGCCUCCCACCGUGAACUGCCCUGACAAGAAAACAGCCCCAGUUCACAGAAUCUGCCCCCAGCGUGUACAUGAGGCUAAUUUCAUGAACAGCGCCCAGGGGGAUUCAGAGAGCACUAUUAACACCUCCGAUGAAAUAUGUACCACAGUCUCUUCAGCACUGGAAACUUAUUCCAGCAAGUUAUCCUGGAAUGUGUCCAAAGCUGGCCCUAACAAAUCAAAGAGCAAGGCGUCUUCACAGGAUGUUUUAUCUCAUCACACCCCAAUGGAGGAAGUUCAGUGCCAAGACGUCAACAUACCAGGUGAAAUUAUUGGCUCAUCUCUCCCACAAACCUCACCUCAGGAGGACCUCAGAGGACAGCCCCACAGCAUGUCUACUGCUGGUCGGAGAGGUGAAAGGACUAGCUCAUCUCUCUCACAAACCGCACCUCAGGAGGACCUCAGAGGACAGCCCCACAGAGUGGCUACAGCUAGUCGGAGAGGUGAAAGGACCAGGUCAUCUCUCCUACAAACUGCACCUCAGGAGGACCUCAGAGGACAGCCCCACAGUGUGGCUACAGCUGUUUCAAAGAACAACAUGACCUCACAAGGUAGAUCAACUCCAUUCUCCAGCAAGGAGGCCCAGGAUGAGGGUCUGAUUGUACAAGAAAAAGACCUCAGCCCAUCCUCCCCAGAAACAUCCCAGGGACACCUCAGUGGCCGGUGCCAGACUGCACCCAGAGCCCCCUUUAGAAAGCAGAUUUGGAAGAGCCUACAGAGCAGGAUUAUAAAAGGCCUGAGAAGUUUAUGCUGCUGCAUACCAACAGAAAAGAGGGAGCGCCUAGGCUGCAACAAAAUCCUGCCUGUGACCUUAGAGGACCAUGGAGGGAGCCAAGGUAACAGGUGUACCUGUGAGCCAUUAGAAGAGACAUCGGCACCGGAAGCGGAGGAGGACCCCAGAGGGCCUGCCCAGUUUGUAUGUGUUCACGAUGAAUAUUGCUGACCAGGUUGGAGCCAGACACAGAGGGACGAGUUUGCAGGGAGUGUCCAUCUUGUGCUCAUUUGGGAAGGUAGAGUGUGUGAGAACAGGUGAGUCCAUUAGUUAUGGUGCAGCUCUCAGCACCAUCCUGAACUACUAGACAGCUUGCAUCCCGUCCCCACCAGAUCCAGACACCUUCACAACUCACCCUAGCACUUACUGGUGAACUGCUUGUUGCUUUGCAACCUGAGUCAUAUAGAUGCACUCUUCUGUACUCUGUAUCUGAACAGACAGGGACACACACACACACACACACACACACACACACACACACACACACUCACAAACAUACUUCUCCCAAUGUACCUCAUGCACAGUUGACACUAGUGAAGUUUGCUUGAACUGGAGAGGACUCCUAUUCAAGCAAGAUAAUUUCAUAUUUCAUGUGAUUUCCCUCCUGGAAAUGCCUCAAAUCCCUCUAACUCAGCUUGUUCCUGUCUCUACCCCCAACGCAAUCACUUACCACCCUGCUCUACUGCUUCGCAGGAGUCAUAUGAAGCCAACACAUGCCAUGGUGCACAUUUUGCCCCAGGGCAUCCGGUCAUGUGCAAGGUAAGGCCCACCAGCUGUGCUUUGAGUGGAAGCAAGGUGAAGUCUGGAGUGUUUGACAGUUGGAUUCAGAGAUGGAGCUGGUUCCAAGCGUGAUCGUGGAUAGAAUCUGUUGAUGGAAAAACAAUGGCAACCCCCGGCCUGACAGUGCGGGUGUUCCUCUGGGUGGCUCAUGGUCUCCUGCCAUAUUUCCACCUCCUAAGAUAACUCAGAGACACUUAAAGGGAUUUAAGGGGUCAGAUUCACACCCCUCCUUAGGCCCACACUCUAGUACACCCCAAGACCACACUUUAGUACACCCCAAGACCACACUCUACUACACCCCAAGAUACUAUUUUCAAUAGUAUCUCACACAAAGAUCCCAGCCGUUUUCUUUCUGACAUCCUGUAGGGACAUUACCGUUGCUGAGGCUUUGUGUCCCCAGGCAGCAGGCUGGGAAAGUCCUUUGCUGCCUGUAUGACCCUAUGCUGGGGCUACCAAAGAGACUCCUGGGACUACACUCAGCAAGGGACAUUUUCAACUGGAUGGUGCUUAGAGCAGGAGAUGCCACUAAAGCCCUAACACACUGGAUGGAAGAGGGACACACAGGUCUCCUUGAUAAAAGAGGCUUCUUCUGAUUGACAGAGAAGUUGGGCCAGAGACUCUCAAGCAGAUGGACUAAAGAGGAACAAGGGAAAAUGUCUACUGAUCCAGGUGAAGAUCAGCCAUGGAGGAUAUGCUCAGAGAGCUGGGCAUAAGAUUGCUCUGCAGAAGUGUUACCAAGAAAGACAGGCACCAGACAAAAAGAUAUACGACACAAAUAUCUGAAUAAAGAGACUGUUUUCUUGCUAUAAUAAAUUCCUUUGUAUAUUUGAA